GCUGGGGCUGAAGGAGGCUCCAGCGCGCAGGCGCCGCCGAGCCCUGCCUGGAUGCUCAGGCAAGGCACUCAAGAAAAAAAAAGAAAAAAAGAAAAGAAAGAAAGAAAGAAAUCAGCAAAUUUAUAGAAAGAAGAAGCCGUCGUCUGUCGGGAUAUCCAACACCAACAGGCUCCGUUUCUGGAAAGCGUUGCAAGACUGAGGAAUAUCAGACUGCGAAUCGCCUCGCCGGGAGCCCUUCCCUCGCGGCACAGGAGCAAUCUCUCUCCCCAUCUUUCGCAUAUUCUGAUGGCAAAUGAAACAGAAGGAAAGAGGAAGCAUGACUGGAGAUUGGAUCAGUUCUCUUUGUGGAUUACAUAUUCAGUAAAAUGUAUGGAUCUAUCUUUUUCUUGUUUUUGUAUCUAGAUCAUGAGACUUGACUGAGGCUGUCUCUUUAUCCUCCAUCCAUCUAUGGCGAACUAUAGCCAUGCAGCUGACAACAUUUUGCAAAAUCUCUCACCUCUAACAGCCUUUCUGAAACUGACUUCCUUGGGUUUCAUAAUAGGAGUCAGUGUGGUGGGCAACCUUCUGAUCUCCAUUUUGCUAGUGAAAGAUAAGACCUUGCACAGAGCACCUUACUACUUCCUGCUGGAUCUUUGCUGUUCAGAUAUCCUCAGAUCUGCAAUUUGUUUUCCAUUUGUAUUCAACUCUGUCAAAAAUGGCUCUACCUGGACUUAUGGGACUCUGACUUGCAAAGUGAUUGCCUUCCUGGGGGUUUUGUCCUGCUUCCACACUGCUUUCAUGCUCUUCUGUGUCAGUGUGACCAGAUACUUAGCCAUUGCCCAUCACCGCUUCUAUACAAAGAGGCUGACCUUUUGGACGUGUCUGGCUGUGAUCUGCAUGGUGUGGACUCUGUCUGUGGCCAUGGCGUUUCCCCCAGUCUUAGAUGUGGGCACCUACUCAUUCAUUAGGGAGGAGGAUCAGUGUACCUUCCAACACCGCUCAUUCAGGGCUAAUGAUUCCCUAGGAUUUAUGCUACUCCUUGCUCUCAUCCUCCUCGCCACACAGCUUGUCUACCUCAAGCUGAUAUUCUUUGUUCACGAUCGAAGGAAAAUGAAGCCAGUCCAGUUUGUAGCAGCGGUCAGCCAGAACUGGACCUUUCAUGGCCCUGGAGCCAGUGGCCAGGCUGCUGCCAAUUGGCUAGCAGGAUUUGGAAGGGGUCCCACACCACCCACCUUGCUGGGCAUCAGGCAAAAUGCAAAUACCACAGGCAGAAGACGGCUGUUGGUGUUAGACGAAUUCAAAAUGGAGAAACGAAUCAGCAGAAUGUUCUAUAUCAUGACUUUUCUCUUCCUAACCCUGUGGGGUCCCUACCUGGUGGCUUGUUAUUGGAGAGUUUUUGCAAGAGGGCCUGUAGUACCAGGGGGAUUUCUAACUGCCGCUGUCUGGAUGAGUUUUGCCCAAGCAGGAAUCAAUCCUUUUGUCUGCAUUUUCUCCAACAGGGAGCUGAGGCGCUGUUUCAGCACAACCCUUCUUUACUGCAGAAAAUCCAGGUUACCAAGGGAACCUUACUGUGUUAUAUGAAGGAGCAUCUGUAAAUCUUUUAGCCUUGUGAAACACUAACCUUCUCUGCUAAGCAAUUGUGGCCUGUAGCCAUAUCUGGAGAAGAAAUUCGAGGAUGGGAUUAGCAGUUCAUAAGGAUUUGGGCAGCAUUCUGCAGUCUUUGCAAUAGUUCACCUAUAAUCCUAUUUUAAAUCUCAGAGUGAUCCUGCUGACUGCCGGCGAAGGUUUGUAAUUAAAAAAGGACUGAACCACUGCCCUAAGUUUCUUUCUGUGGUUGAAACCUAGAUAACGAAAGUAGCAGGUGCUAAGUAUCAGUGCUAAAUGCUGUGUAUAUCACUACAUAUGAAAAAAAAACAUCAACAAAACAAUUAGCAUUGGACAUCUUAAUAAAUUACGUUGACAAGGGGUAAAUGUGUUGAUAAAAGCUAAUUUUAGAGUUUGAAGACUACAAAACAUUUCAUACUAUUUUUGUUUUGCAAAGACAAAACUAUUGGGGGGACUCAAACUACUGUAAUCCUCUAAAGAUGUGCCAUGAAUUAUUGGGCUAUCACACUUUAAAAACGCCUUGUAAGUUUGGGGGAGCAUUCCAAAGCAGUAUAAUGGUUCCAAUUAGAGUUUACUCGUUUUUUUGUAUUAAUACAUUGCUAUUUCUAAAUGCCACUUUCUUCCCUACCAGUGAACUUGCUAGCAUUGAACUGUAUUAUAUGUUUUUUUGUUGUUUUAGUAUAAAAGUUUUCCAGUUCGUUUAUAUUUUACAAAUGCUAGAUAUUGGUCUGGGAGGCAACAUGAAUGGUAUCAACCAAUCACAAGUCAAUAGUUCUAAUCAUGCAGAAUAAACACAUGUUGCCUUAAAGGGUUAUCUAGUAUCUUCAUCUUAUUAGUGGUAGAGCAAGAAGUCAAGAGGCAUUGAAUCAGUAACUGGUCAUGGUCAUUCAUCUGGAAGUGCAUGGAAGAUUAUUUAAUACUUUUUUUUUACCUUUUUAUUCACAUGGUUUGAAAAUUAAGGUGCACAUCACUGGGAUAACGUGAAAUUUUUCUUCUGAGGUGUGCUACCCAUUCUAGUGUGUUCUAAGAAGCAGACAGUUGAUAUAUGUUUAUAUUUUAAGUCAGCUGUCAAGGAGAGACCACAGCCUUUGUUAGAUGUCUGGCACAAUUGGUGAAGCAUUUACUCUAUGGAAGGCAAAGUCUUGUUUAUACUUUUCUGCACACUCAGUGUAUUGGUCGUUUAAAUUAUUUCAUUUUUAACUUGUGAAAGCUUAUAAUAUGAUUUCUGGUAUUUUAGAAAUACAUUAGAUUCUGUGAGUCUCAUUCUUUAAGAUACAGAUGUGUGAACUUCAAUAUAAAGUUGCAUUUGCCAAAA